AUGUAUCUUGAUACUCUCAGUAUUGCAACAAAGCCUGCUGGACUAACAUUACCCAGGCUGACACCAACCCACCAAGGACAAUUGACUCCUAAGAUUUCACAAGAAGUUACUUGCGACAGUGUUGAUCUGUUCAGUUUACUAGGAAAAUGCGCUCGUCGUGACACUGUGCUCUAUGUUGGCACCACCGGGAAAAACACUGACAGAUUCUUACCAGCCAUGGUCCAAGAGCUAUACCACAUUGCAAAUCACGGAUCUGCUUAUUGCGACCACUUUUUCUCUUUGUGUGUAAAAACAUACAGAGUUGAAGGGGAGGGGGCUAUCAAAGUCAUAUGCGCAGUGGUCACCGAUGGUCUAACCAUUGGCCACUGGAGGAGUUCUGCGUCCUCAGUGCAGCUGGAAGAUCUGGCUCAUUGCCAAGGCACUCUUCCUCUCAAUGGCCCUUGCCUCAACCUGUUACCUGAAGUCACUUCUUAG